GGUAUGGGAGGAAGCAUGAUGGGACAGAUGCAGCAGCCGCUUCUUCAGUCAAAGGACCUCACGGAACAGGCGAAACAAUGCCAGGAAGCCAUCGAGAUGAUGCUGCAGUCAUAUGAGGGCAUCUUGCUCCAAGCGCGAACUUAUCCAACAGCUGCAGACUGCACAUCGACGGUGAGGAGGAGGAGGGUGGAGGAAGGGAGAAGAGGAGGAGCUGGGGGGAGAGGAGGAUGAUCUGAACAGAAGAGUUUGAGAGGAUUGGCAGACGAGCAUGCAGCUGCAAGUAGAGAAGAUCGCAUACGCAUCCGAGACGCUCCUCCAGACGAUCAGUGCCCUGCGCGUCUCAGGCGUUGCCAACAACGUCCCUCACCUCAACGCGCACAUGGAGAAGCGAAUCAAGGAUCUCAAGGACACAGAAAUUGAAAGCCAACAAGCGCUUGUCAGUCUCAGCCUUGAAAUUGCAGAUUUACUGCAGGAGUUGGAGCACAGUUACUACACCACACCGAGCUUCGAUUGAUGUUUUCAACAUUUUAUUUCUGUAUGUUUAGCUAAUCUGGUAGAAACAAUAACGUCACUGUCUGAAAUCUCAUUUCAGUUACUGUCCUAGAGACACGUUGCUUCUUGCAACAUUUUCGAUUCCCUCUCCUCUCCUCUCCUCUCCUCUCCUCUCCUCUCCUCUCCUGACCUCUCCUCUCCUCUCCUCGCCCGGUGGAGGGAGGAAAAGUCAAUAGCGAGCCGGCAGCUUCAGAUGUAAACAAUUCCCAAGUACUUCCUGCUCGUGCUCCCUGACGCCUCCUCCUCAGCCCCGCUAGUCCCCGACAUGUCCGUCCUGGAAGAGGAGGACGAGGAGGUCUGGCUGAGGCCCCGCCUCUCCUCCCCCGCCUUCUCUUGGCCGUAGCUCUUGAGCCACUCCACGAAUUGGUCCGAGGACGCGCUCCUGAAGACUGAGUGGUAGGGCGAGCCAUACCCGUUGAACAGCUCCUUGCUCAGCCUCUGUCCCACCGUGCUGCUCUUCCUCCAGAACGAGCAUCCUGGCGCCGAGUCCUGG